AUGAAACCCCAAUCAAUACUCAUAGCUAACACCCAGCUCAAUAAUCCCAGACAAUUCUACUCCCUCUCCCUGCGCCACCACCCUGACCGCAACCGUGAUGAUCCCACUGCCUCGUCACGAUUUGCCCACAUCUCAUCAGCCUACAAUGUCCUCGGGAAUCACACCAAACGCGCCUCCUACGACCGUGACCAUGGCAUUCUCGCCCACCAUAUGUCUUCGACCCACAGCACAGCCAACCCGGGCCAGCAUCCUAUGGGCAGUUACAGUAGCCACGGUGCCAACCUCCACAACAAGGGCACUUCGUACGCCGGGUCCCGUCCCGCCAGCGGCCUGAGUAAAAGACAGGGCGCUUUCCGUGGUCCACCGCCGAGCUUCUACGCGCACGGGGGCUAUGGGAAUCGGAAACACCCACCGGGGACGUCGUCGUCGUCGGCGGGGAGAGGUGCCGGGGCCAGUACACACAACGAUGACCCUACGUCAUUCAUUGACCGGAAUUCCAUCUACCAUUUCAAUGCCCGCGGGCAUUACCGGACACAGACGGCUGAGGACGCUCGGCGUCAGGAACGCCGCUCUCGCGCCAUGGACUCGACGUUCAAUGAGAGACAUAUCGGCAGUUCGGGCGAUUUUAUCAUGCGGUUCACCGUGGUCUGUAGCAUCCUGAUUGUGGCAGCCGCCAUGACGGGAAUGUUCCACUCGUCAGAGGAGCGAACCAGUAAGGCUAGCAAGACGUCUUCUCGGCGGAAAGAAGAGUAG